AUUAACGUUAGUAAUGAAACGAUCACCGGAAACGAACUGGAAUUUCCGUUGUUGUCCGUUGAAUCUGCCGUUGCGAUUGGAGAGAGAAAUUACGUCUUAGCAGAAAGGACGAAUAGCGUCGUGUUAAAAGAAGCUUAGAGGGAAUCGGAAACUGUUGCUGACUCUCUUUCUUUCACUCGUAAGCCGGCACCGGUUCACCAUAAGAACCGACUGUGACGCGUGCCAACUGGUCUGAAAUUAUUCUCGUGCGCAGUACACCGUUGCUUUUGCCGAUCUCGUCGAUUCAACCAGUCCACUUAAUAUUUUCUGACGUUAUUUUAACGCGGUAAGCUCCGAACGGUACACGAUGGCGGCGGUUGACUGUUACCAGAAUCAAGCCCAGGCCGAGGGUACCGGUCAACAGUCACAAACUCAACAGCAAUCUCAUCAGCAACAAUCGCAUCAGCAACAAGCCACCGCCGGAAUUCCAGGGAAAGAUGACGAACGUAAACUCUUCAUCGGUGGCCUAUCGCGUACCACCACAGACAAGGAAUUACGAGAUCAUUUUGGCAAAUUUGGUGAAAUUGAGAGUAUCACCGUUAAAAUUGAUCCAUAUACUGGUGUCUCACGAGGCUUCGCGUUUAUGGUUUUUACCAACCCCAAGACGAUCGACAAACUUUUGGCUUCUGGCGAACAUUACGUCAAUAAACGAAAGGUGGAUCCAAAACGGGUGAGUAAAAAGCCGCAGCAUGGGAAAAUUUUUGUGGGUGGCCUUACUCCGGAAAUUACCGACGAUGAUAUCAAGUCAUAUUUUGGACAAUAUGGCACUAUCGUUGAAUUACAAGCACCGUUCGAUAAGGUGAAAAACCAGAGAAAGGGAUUCUGCUUCAUAACUUUUGACUCUAAGGAGGUCGUAUAUAAAUUACUCAAAACGCCAAAACAAACAAUAAAUGGCAAGGAAGUGGAUGUUAAAAAAGUAAAAGUAAAUCCAGAGUCAAGGAAUCAAGGAUUUUGGGGACCGGGAUAUGGUUAUGGUUACGGCGGUGGUUAUGGCUACAUUCCCGAAUAUUGUAAUGGCUACCAAGGAGGUUAUGAUGAUAUAUAUGCAAACUUUGAUUAUGAGACUUACGAUGGUUAUGAAAAUAUGGGAUAUGGGGCUCAAGGUAAGCCACGGGGAAAUGGUCAGGGACCACGUCAAUUUCAGAGACAUCAGCCGUAUUAAAAGAAAGGGUAUAUGAAUCUUACAUACUCGAAACUUGGUGAUAAAACAAGAACAUAGUAAGGAGUAGACCAACUUUAUCUAGAUACAGUUUGAGACUGAGAUACAGGAAUUUGGGAUAAAUGAGCUUCUAGAGUCAUUACAAGACUCGUAUUUGAGCCCCAAAUUUCUUAAUCUUUGUAUGUAUGUACAUUUGUAUGUACAUUUUCUAAAAAAGAAACGAAUUUUUCAUUGAUCAGCGGUCAAUGUAAUUUAUUAAGUGGAAAGGAUCGUGUCUUUUUUGUCUAUGCACAUUUUGUCACUUAUCGCGUGAAACGAUUAUUAAUGAAACUACUAAAAAUAUAUAUUCAAAUAUUUUUUACUCAAGUUCAAUUUUUCAUACAAAAAAAAACUUUUUUUUCUUACAUGGAGCAAAGGUUGACGAGACAGUGACUAAUAUCAAUUCAUAACUACAAUAUUCUUCGAGUCAUAUGUAGUGUGCAAAUUAAAAUGAUUGAUUUACUCCUGGUUUCUUGUUAUCCAUGAUUCAUAAUACUAACAUGUAUAUCUUAUAAUUUAAUACUCUAAUUAUUCUUUAGAAUCUUAAGUUGCAUUACUAAAGUAUUGUUUAUUAUAUGCUUGGUGUUAAUCUUAUUAUUAGAAACACAACGCUGUGUCGUUUAUAUUAGGACUUUAUGUCUAUAAACAGUUUCAGUUCAGAAAGCACUUGUCAGUUAGAAAUAAUCGAUAGAUAUAAAACAAAUUACCAUUCAUGGACCAACGGUUCGACUCCUAAUUAAACAUACUUCUUCCUCAUAAAUUUAUAACCUAAACGUAUUAUCUAUUAUCAUCUAAUUGUUUAUAAUCUAAAAUAAGUCCUGUAACUUAUACAAAUCAUAAGGUAUCAUGAGAGACAUGUGUAUCUUUGUAUGUUAUAUGUAUAUGCGUGUAUACAUACAUAAUGACAUAUACAUGUACGAGUUAGUAUAUAAUAAAGUAGCAAUUAAGAGAAAGAUAAAAAUAUUUCAAAAUGAAUAUAAUUAAAAUAUGAACGUCCUGGGUAGAUAUGCGAAGAGUACGCGAGUGGUAGAGGAUGGUUGCAAAAUAUUCUAAAACUAUAUCAGAAAUUACAUCACAGAGGCAACAGGUUCGUUAUAAUUUGCAUGAAGUUUAUUUUAUAACGGUAUCGUAACUGUACUUUUUAUAUCUUUCAUCUAUCUUUUUAUAUUUAAAUUCGAUUAACAAUCGUAAAAGUCUGAUUAACGCAAUCAGUGGUUUUGGAAAGUUACUGCACUCGUGUACUCCUAUGUUUAAAAAAUAUGGCAAAAAUGAUCGUAUCUCGUUAUAUUGCGAAAAAAAAAAAAAAAAAAAUGAUGGAUUCGUGAACACUGAAUCAACAGAAUGUUUAAGGCAUUGGAACAAAUUAAAAUUAUAAAUUACUGUUAUUUAGGCUACUAUGACAUUUCUUUCAUAUUUGUUUUGAACAGCAGUUCCUGUCUGGUGUACGAAACUGCGUUUCAUAUCGCAAGAAGACUGUUAAUAAGUAGGGUAUCAUUUGACAUGAUACAAAACCUUAUAGAAUUUGACAGCCAAUAGAUCUUGUGAUUUUUUCGAUGAAAAAACUUUUAAAGCGACAACAUAAUUAUAGCAAAUGUAGAUAAUUUCAAACUACAUUUAGAUACAUCGAAAUUAUAUUGUACACAAGGCUGAUGAAGCUUUAAACAUUCAAGUUUUUCUCAGAUGUUACAAAAGUAUCGACAGUUUGGCUUAAACAUAAUUCAUAAUACACAAACACAAUGGAAAAUAGACUGUUCUCUUUAAAAAGAUUUUAAGCCAAGCUAAUUGUGCUUUUGAAAUUAAAUCUGUAUACUGUGUAUACCAUAUUUGCUGCGUGUGGAAAAAAAAAAUAUAUAUAUAUAUAUACAUAUAUAUAUAUACGUAUAUAUAUAAAAAAGAGAACAGAGUGUGAAAUUAAAGGAAAUAACACAAAUAUUUUGUUACUAUUGAUUACUAUUCGCCUGUUUCACCCAUGACACAGUGUAUAUUUUAAUUAUAACAAAAAAUAAAAUAUUCAUUAUUCUAAAAAUACUUUGUAACAUCCUUGUUCUAAUUGAAACUUAAAUACGAAUGAAAUUAUCUAUUUGGAAAUAUUUAUAUGGUAAAACAAAAGUAAUUUAAAAUAAAAUCCUCCCUUAUCCUAAUUUAAAAUUUGAACGUUAUAACGGUUGAAAUUUGAAUCGGUACAAAAUUGUAAUGUAAAUAAUUUUUUUCAUAUUUUUUUAUACAUGUCAUUCGAACGUUAAAUCGAAUUAUAUUACAAAAUUUUCAUAAAAUUGAGCAAUCAUGAUGUAUUGUGUCUGUGGUUACAUGCAUACAAUGACUCGUAACAAUGACCCUGGACUGUUAGAUCA